UCACUUUGUUUUUCUUCUAGACAAGGCAGAGGGCUCAGGGGCCUCAGUGCCAGUCUUAAAGCCAUGUCUUCGGACAACAGCAAAGUUCUCCUUACACCACGCCUCGCCAGGCGGCUGGCCGCUGUCGCUUCGACCACUUCAUCUCCUGGGCAGUCGCGGAGCCCCUCGGAGUCUCCGUCCAAGGAGCCCCUGUCUAGGGAGGGUGGGAGAGAGGAGAAGGAGCUGGACAGAGAGGGCCUCCAGGUGCCAUCUGAGCAGAGCCUGCCACCCUGCACGCCUCCGACCCGCUCGCCCAGCAUCAGUGCCUCUUCAUCAUCGUCGUCAUCGUCAUCGCCUGCCCUGGAGCCAGCUGGUGAGCUGCGCAGGGAGCCCAUGAACAUCUACAACCUCAACGCCAUCAUUAGAGACCAGGUGAAGCACCUCCAGCGGGCGGUAGACAGGUCUCUGCAGCUGUCCAGACAAAGAGCUGCGGCCAGGGAACUAGCCCCUCUCCUGGACAAGGACAAGGAGAGCUGCAUGGAGGAGAUCCUGAAGCUCAAGUCUCUGCUCAGCACCAAGAGAGAGCAAAUAGCCACCCUCAGACUGGUGCUCAAGGCUAACAAACAGACGGCAGAGGGGGCUCUGGCCAACCUGAAGAGUAAGUAUGAGGCGGAGAAGUCCAUGGUGACUGACACCAUGAUGAAGCUGAGGAACGAGCUGAAGGCCCUGAAAGAGGAUGCUGCCACGUUCUCCUCUCUGCGGGCCAUGUUUGCAACCAGGUGUGACGAGUACGUGACCCAGUUGGAUGAGAUGCAGAGGCAGCUGGCUGCAGCGGAGGAUGAGAAGAAGACUCUGAACUCCCUCCUGCGGAUGGCCAUCCAGCAGAAACUGGCCCUCACCCAGCGCCUAGAGGAUUUGGCCUUCGAUCAAGAGCAGACCCACCGCACCCGCGGGAGCAGGCUGACCCGCAGGAAGACCAGCACCCCCAAAGUAAGUCCCCCGGCCUCCACUUCGGCCUCCAACCUAGCCCAAGACUCCACUUCAUCUUUGGCCCCCGUCAGCAUCACCCUUUCAGGCCUUACUAGUCCUACGUCAAUGCUUCCCGAUGAUCCCACUGCGCCCCUUAGCCCCUCUGUGGUCAGUGCAGCUGCUGCAGCUCUGGCCUCAGCUCUCACCUCUCCUACAUCACAUGUACCCCCUCGCAGUCCAUCAUCCCCAGCGGUUGCCUCAUUAGCUGGCCCUCCAGCACCAGAGAGCCCCCCAACUCUGGAGGCCCCCUCCUCUCACUUGGUGCGGACCCCGCCCUCAACCCCUCUGAGGCUGGCUCACUCCCAGUGGACCCUGGGGCUGCGAACGUUUGUGGUUGACUCCCACAGUUUCAGUGUCAACAUCUCCCCCGCCCUGCCCCGUAGCUCUGGCCUCUCCAGGCCCUACACCCCAGACUCUCAUGCCUCUCCCCCUUCCACCUCCACCACCACCACCAGGCACUCCCAGCCAGGAUCUGCCCCCUCCUCUCCCUACCGUUCCCCUACUGUGGGGCUCAGGCGCUCCACGUGGAGCCCCUCACUCCGAACUCGGCCCUUGUCCACCCUUACACGCUCUUCUGUCCUCCACCCUCCUUACUCCUCCUCCCACUCCCCUUCUUCCUCCCACAGUUAUUCCCCUACCUACUAUAGCUCCUCUCCUGCUUUUACCCCCUCUAGCUCCUACCUCACCUCUGGCACCUCCACCUCCUUCAGCCACUCCACUCACUACACCCCCCUCUACCCCAGAUACUUCAGUUCUUAUCGGCCCCGGCACUGAUGUCCUACCGUAAGUCCUUUACUAGAAGCCCUUUGAAGGCUUUUCCACCAGGCUCCUUAUUGACACCAAAACUGCAACUCUCAUCAUCCGUCUCUUUUUGUCACCUGAGAGAGUGUGGGCUCACAGAGAGGAGGACAGAGUGGUUUCCUGUUUCCCAGUUCCUGUUUUCCUGUGCCUAAGCUUUGGCCAAUGGGUUCUGAAUGUUCAGUGACUUUGCUCAGGGAUUUGACAUAAGGAGCACAAGCGGCCCCGCCUUCCUUUUAUUCUGGGGCUGCUGAUUGGUCUACAGGAGGAUGUUAAUAGAGACUUUUUAAUGAGAGUUUUUAGCAUUUAGGUUCUUCAGGUUGAGACCACACAUGCAUGGAAGUGAUUAAAUCACAAAGACAUUCAGACAC